AAUCCUGCGUACCAAACGGUUAGGGUUUAUAGUCUUUCUCAAACCCUUUCUCUUUCUCAGGGUUACCAUAACUUGUUCUCCAAGUUACUCAAAUCUCUCUCUAAAUCGGAGAAGAGGAAUUCUGAUCAGAUUGGUUUGAUAAACAAUCUUCACUUCAUUCGCAGAUUAGACAGCAGAAAUGGUGCAGUAUAACUUCAAGAAGAUUACUGUGGUGCCAACUGGGAAGGUCUUCAUUGACAUUAUCCUUUCUCGUACCCAACGCCAGACGCCCACUGUUGUCCACAAGGGAUAUGCCAUCAAUCGUCUCCGUCAGUUUUAUAUGCGUAAAGUGAAGUAUACGCAAACAAAUUUUUAUGAAAAGCUUUCUGCUAUCAUUGAUGAGUUCCCUAGGCUGGAUGACAUCCAUCCUUUUUAUGGUGAUCUUCUUCAUGUCCUCUACAACAAAGACCAUUACAAGCUUGCACUUGGCCAAAUUAAUACUGCAAGGAAUCUUAUCAGUAAGAUUGCCAAAGAUUAUGUGAGAUUGCUGAAGUAUGGUGACUCGCUUUACAGAUGCAAGUGUCUGAAAGUUGCUGCUCUUGGUCGAAUGUGUACUGUGAUAAAAAGGAUUGGUCCUAGUUUGGCAUACUUGGAACAAAUUAGACAACACAUGGCAAGGCUACCUUCAAUAGAUCCUAAUACCCGCACAAUCCUCAUUUGUGGGUAUCCUAAUGUUGGAAAGAGUUCAUUUAUUAACAAGAUCACUAGAGCUGAUGUUGAUGUGCAACCUUAUGCUUUUACCACAAAGUCACUAUUUGUCGGUCAUACAGACUAUAAAAACCGCACGUACCAAGUUAUUGAUACACCAGGGAUUUUGGAUCGUCCAUUUGAAGACCGCAACAUUAUUGAGAUGUGCAGUAUCACAGCUUUGGCACAUUUAAGGGCGGCAGUGCUGUUCUUCUUGGAUGUCUCGGGGUCUUGUGGCUAUACUAUUGCUCAGCAGGCUGCUCUUUUUCACAGUAUCAAGUCUUUGUUUAUGAACAAACCAUUGGUGAUUGUGUGCAAUAAGACUGAUUUACAGCCAUUGGACGGUAUAUCUGAGGAAGAUAAGAAGUUGGUCAUGGAGAUGAAAGCUGAGGCAUUGAAGACUGUGCUUGGUCAAGGAGGAGAGGCUGCAAAUGAUGAAGGGGUGCUUUUGACCAUGAGUACUUUGACUGAGGAAGGGGUGAUUGCUGUGAAGUAUGCAGCUUGUAAGAGAUUAUUGGAUCAGAGGGUGGAAAUAAAGAUGAAAUCUAAAAAACUAAAUGAUUGCUUGAACAGGUUUCAUGUUGCAUUGCCAAAACCUCGUGACCAGAAGGAAAGGCCAGCUUGUAUACCUCAGGCUGUUCUUGAAGCCAGGGCUAAGCAGGCUUCAGAGACUGAAAAGAGAAAAACUGAAAGGGAUUUGGAAAAUGAAAAUGGUGGUGCAGGUGUGUACUCUGCCAGUUUGAAGAAGCACUACAUCUUGGCUAACGAUGAAUGGAAGGAAGAUAUACUGCCAGAAAUUCUUGAUGGGCACAACGUAUAUGACUACAUUGAUCCUGAUAUUUUACAAAGGCUUGAAGAGUUGAAACGAGAUGAAGGACUUCGACAGGCUGAGGAUGCCGAUGAUGAUUUUGAGAUGGAUGGACAGGAAUUGACCCCAGAUGAACAGAAGGCAUUGGCUGCAAUUAGGAAAAAGAAAAGCUUACUCAUACAACAGCAUAGAAUUAAGAAAAGUACAGCAGAAAGCAGGCCAAUUGUGCCUAGGAAAUUUGACAAGGAAAGAGAGUUCACAUCAGAGAGAAUGGGAAGGCAGCUAUCGAAAUUGGGGAUUGAUCCAUCUCUGGCCAUUGAACGAGUUCGAAGCAGGUCGCUCUCUAAGAGAGGUAGGAAGAGGGAGAGGUCAGUUGAUGCCACUGGCGGCGAUGCAAUGGAUAUGGAUGCAGACACACCCAGCAAGAAACUACGUGCAAGGUCUAGAUCUCUAUCACUGUCAAGAUCAAGGUCAAGGUCAAGGGCACCCACUGAAGUCACUCCUGGUGAUGGAUUUAAGGAUUCUACUCAAAAGGGUUCUGCUCUUAAGAUUGCUAAGAAAUCCACAAAGAAGAGGAACAAGAAUGCACGACGUGGAGAGGCAGAUAGAGUGAUCCCUACUCUGAAGCCAAAGCAUUUGUACUCUGGAAAGCGCUCAUCUGGUAAAACCGAUAGGCGUUGAAGUGUUUUUGAAGGCUGCUUACCGGACCGUGGAUUUUGCUGCAACUUUGGAUGAAAAUUAUCUGAUUUCGUGUUUGACGCCAAAACUACAGUUUGCUGUGAUCAUUGCACCCGAUGUUUCAUAAUAUCCAAUUUUGGGCGUGUAAUGAAUUUUAAGUUUUGCUUUUUUAAUUUUAUUUUUCGUAUAAAAAAUGCUACAGAGCAUGUUACUGUUUAUGUUUUAAUUGUAAUACUCUAAAUUAGUUGAAUUGAGUUGGUAAAAAAAUGGCUGUGUUUAACCCAAAUUGAAUUGCUGUUUGUGGUACAUCUGCACUAUUGCACGUGUUUCCUUGUCUUUUUAAAGGCAACAUAAAAAACAAUCACAGAACCAUUCAAAUUUGUGUAGAAGUCAAUUUCUGUAGACAUUUGUAGCCAAAUUUCUCCAAUAUGAGAAAGAUACAGGCAUGGUAGAUGAGUGUUUAGUAGUUUUACUGAACCCCGGUAUCAACCUCUCAUAUAUUGGAAUAAGUACUUGCGUUGUUGGAUAAAAAAGCAAGAUGGUCCAAUGUUCACUUCACCAUCUACAAAGCAUCACUAGGUUCUUUCAUGACACAUUAAGGUUCAUCGAAGUGAAGCUUCCCUGUGUCGCACUGCUUCCAUCAUCAUCAUGUUCAAGUCCUUUAACUAUCAGGUAUUCAAAUUAAUCCUUGACCAAAAUUUCAACGCAGCAACGGAAGAAGAAGCUGCAGCAACCUUUUUACCUUUUGUUUUAACUUGGAAGAAUAGUGCCAUUGUCUUAUCUCAAAGUCUUGCUUGUUUGUUUCCUUGGCUUUUGUUAAGAUUUCCUCUUAACGACUCGUUUAGUAUUUGAUCAAGAUUGCCUCUUAUUAUUUGAUCCACUUGCCUUUGUUUGUAGUCAGUGCUAGUGCUUCUGCGUAGAGUUUCUGUGAUCAUGUUGAUCUUUCUUCUCUUCUGGUACUCAUUAUUUAUCAAACCAUUACAAACAUUUAUAAAUUUAAUCUCAUUUUUGUCA